GAGAGUUCUCCAACCCACAAGGUGUGUGUUAUCAUGAGGAAAGAGUAAUUGUGGCAGACAGCAACAACCAGGCUGUACAAGUGUUUGCCCCAUCUGGUGAAUGUCGCCUCAAAUUUGGGACCCCAGGCAGAGCACCAGGGAAGAUACAGAGACCAACAGGUGUUGCAGUUAGUCAGAGUGGGAAUUUUCUGGUAGCAGAUUAUGACAAUAAGUGGAUCAGUGUCUUCGGCCCUGAUGGAAAAUAUAUCAGUCGCAUUGGAGUAGGUCGUCUUCAAGGACCAAAAGGUGUAGCAGUGGAUAAAGAAGGUCGUAUUAUUGUGGUGGACAACAAAUCCUGCUGUAUCCUGGUGUUCCAGCCCAAUGGCAAACUCAUGCACAAAUUUGGUUCCCGAGGAAACAGGGAUGAGCAGUUUGCUGGCCCACAUUAUGCUGCUAUCAAUGAGAACAAUGAUAUUAUUGUGUCUGAUUUUCACAAUCACUGUGUCAAGGUUUUCGACAGAGAUGGAAACUUCAAAUUUUGCUUUGGCUCUAAUGGUGAAGGCAAUGGGCAGUUUAAUGCCCCUACAGGUGUUGCUGUUGAUGACAAGGGUAAUAUGCUUGUGGCAGACUGGGGUAAUUCUAGAAUACAG